CGGUCACCGACCUCCCCUUCUUCCUCACUCUCGAGCCGACUGAUCGUUCCCCGGCGUCUCGUCGCCACCGCUCCUCUGCACAUUUCGAUGUAAUGGAGACGGGGUACGACUUCAUUCUCGGCACUCCGUGGUCUCGUCGGUUCCGCAGCACCGAGGCCGAUUGGGCGACCAACACUCUCGUUCUCAAAACGAAGUGUGGACAGACSUAUCGCGUACCUUUCAUAGGUACCACGGCGAUACCACGCCCCGAUCCUCCUUCCUCGGAGCCUUCAGUGCCCACACCAUCUCCCUCUAUCACUGUCACCUCGCCUCGGCAGUUCGCUCACUUCAUUCGACAGGACGACUUCACCUUCUUUAUGGUGGACGUGACGGAUCUCUUACACUAUGAUCCACCCUGUCCCGACGCCGAGCUCAUCCCUCUGGAGCCAGAUCCUUCCUCUAUCUCCAUGGCUCCCACCUCUACUUCCGUCCCUCCGCCGUCCGUCGAGUCCACCCCGCCGUCGGGCGCUGACGCUGACGCUGAGGAACUCGCACGAUAUACGGCUGACCUGGAGCCCGCAGUUCGUGACCUCAUCCGCGAGAACCACGACGUUUUCCCAUCGUCGUUCUCGUACGCCGGCAUCCCACCAAUGCGUGACGUCGAGCACUCCAUUCAGCUUGUGCCUGACUAUYGUGUUCACCACCAGGCACCCUACAGACUCUCGAUUCCCGAGGCCACCGAACUCAAGCGUCAGCUUGAGGAGCUCCUAAGACUGGGUUUCAUUAAACCCAGCAUCUUCCCGUGGGGUGCACCCGUCCUCUUUGCUCGCAAAGCGGAUGGAACUCUCCGUCUCUGCAUCGACUAUCGCGGUCUCAACCGCUACACGGUUAAGAACAACUACCCCAUGCCUCGUUCCGAUGAGCUGUUCGACCGCCUAGCAGGCAACCACUUCUUUACGAAGAUUGAUCUUCGUAGCGGUUACCAUCAGAUCCGCGUCGCUGCAGCUGACCAGCCGAAGACAGCGUUCCGAUCGCGCUUCGGCCACUACGAGUUUACUGUGAUGCCAUUCGGCCUCACCAAUGCACCCGCCACCUUCCAGAGGGCGAUGAACGACAUCUUUAGGGACAUCCUGGAGCAGUACAUUCUCGUCUACCUCGACGAUAUCCUGGUCUAUUGUCGUACCCUUGAGGAGCACCUCAGACACCUCCGCGACGUCCUUGACCGCUUGCGCAGAUAUGGCCUUUACGCCAAGCUGAGCAAGUGCCGCUUUGCCGAGCACAAAGUGGAUUUCUUAGGACACUACGUGUCUGACCAGGGUCUCCACAUGGACGACGCGAAGAUCACUGCUAUUGCGGAGUGGCCCGCACCCACAUCCGCCAAGCAGCUUCGCAGCUUCCUAGGCCUGACCAGCUACUAUAGUAACUUCAUCCGGGGAUACGCUAGGUAUUGCUAUGUCCUUACCUCCACCCUCCUCCAGAAGAACCCACCCUGGGCUUGGACACCCCUCCAUGAGGACGCCUUCCGCGCCCUCAAGAAGGCGGUGACAUGCACACCGGUUCUUCACCUACCCGAUUUUGACCGCCAUUUUAUCCUUACCACCAAUGCGUCAGACUUUGCUGUAGGAGCUGUGUUUUUUCAGGUCUUUUCCUCCUCUCCUGAUUCCUCUCAUCCUUUUAUCCCUCGCUUCCCACCACCUACCCCUACCACUGCUUCCCGACUGACGCCUACUCGUCCAGGUACUKACGAGCCUUCUAUUGACUAUUCUCCUACCAUCGCCGAGGACGGCACUGUCGAGUCUCGCUCCGGUGAUUGUCCGAUAGCCUUCUACUCCCGUCAGCUUCUGCCCGCCAAGAUAAACUACACCGCUGAUGAACGUGAGGUUCUCGCAGUAGUUUAUGCCGCUCGGCACUGGCGUCACUACCUGCACGGGGCACCGUUCACGUCCAUCUCGAUGGACUUUAUUGGUCCUCUUCGUCCUCCGACCCCUCGAGGUCAUGAUGCUAUCCUGGUCGUCGUCGACCGCUUCAUGAAGCGUGCACGCUUUGUUUCGUGCCGCUAUGCCAUCAGUGCACGCGAGGUCGCCGACAUCGUGUUUGACCGAGUCGUGCGUGACCACGRCUUACCUCUGAGCAUCAUAUCUGACCGUGGCCCGCGCUUUACCAGCCGAUUCUGGCGACGGCUCCACGAGGUGUACGGCACUCAGCUCCGCUUCUCCUCGUCUUACCAUCCUCAGACUGAUGGUCAGACCGAGAUCACGAACAGGACUCUCGGAGAUAUUCUUCGAAAGAUUGUUCGUGACGACCAGCAGUGGGAUCUUCAUCUUGCCCACGCGGAGAUAGCCUACAACCACGUCGUCUCGCUAGCCACGGGGAUGUCGCCUUACUAUUGCGACCUCGGCUAUCACCCUCGUGUUCCCGCGGGCUUCCUUCGACCGUCCCAGAUGCACCCUGACACGAGUUGUCCCGCACUGGAUGAUUGGGUUUCACACAUGACGUCGAUUAUGAAGACCGCACAUGAGCACAUAGCCGCUUCCAAGACUCGCGUGGCAGCACGUGCGAACCGAUCGAGAAUGGAUCAUCCAUUCAAAGUCGGUGAUGAUGUGCUUAUCGACGCCCGCCACUUACAACUCGAAGCGGACACGCUUCGCAAGUUUCGGCGUCGCUUCUUUGGCCCAUGCCGCAUCCUCCAGGCCGUCGGUUCUGAUACGGCAUCUAGCCAGGUCARCUUUYGUGUGAAGYUGCCCGACUACCUACGCCAGGCUCGUGUGCAUGAUGUCUACCACGUCUCGUUMCUGCGUCCUUACCGCAGACCGUCUGAGCGUUUCGCUGGACGACCAUACGAGCGCCCUCCACCCWUCAYGGUGGACGGYCACRAGGAGUUCCUCGUUUYAGACAUCAUUGGUCGCCGAGUCACCGACGACAACCCUCCCCACGUCGAGUAUCUCGUACGUUGGAAGGGUUACCCUGAUGAGGAGGCUACCUGGGAGCCCCUCGAGCACUUGCAGCACGCUCGCAUGUUGGUGCGUGCCUAUGACCGUGCUCGUCGUGCUGGGUUCACUGCUCCUCCUCAGCCCACUGACCCUCCUCCUUCUCGUCCGGCUGAGGAGACCGCUGAAGUUGAGUCUGCUCCAUCUGAGGCAGAUUUUCAGUAGCAGCCGGAUGCUUCUGAGCGUC